UCCCCCAUGUAUGAAAGUCUGAGUACGCUGGGAUCAGCCCCCCUGGCCAUUGUUGUUCCCCCACCUCUUUCAUCGCUGCCCGCAGUGCCACUCAGGCUGCUCUAUAUCGCCCUGUGCCUUGCUUUGUUCGUCUGAACGAUCACUCUCAUUCCCUGGUUCAUACAGGAUGCAGGCUCGGCUGUUUGGACAAAUGUUAACACAGAUAGGCGUGCAGCCUCCGCCGCCGCUUCCACCUCCACUCCUGCUCCGGCUGCGGCCCCACCUCCGCCCAACCCGUCACCAUUCCCGUACUUGCCCAUGGACAUCCUGCGCAGGGUAAUGCACGUCGGGGACCUGCAUAGCAAAGACAUCUUCUCCGUCGCUUCCACGUGCAGACCGCUUCAACGGUGCGCCCCGAUGGCUUACAAUGCCAUUCACUUUCCGCUGGACGCGACAUGCGGAACAGUGCGGGGCUUGCUUCGGCUCACGAACAAACUCACCUUACUGUUGCAGACGCUCGGUGAAAACAGAGGUCACCCGACGCACAUCUUCCGUAUCACGCUCUUCGCGCCUCGAUCCUCCUCGGCCGAUGUCUCUUUGUCCUUGGGGCCAGCAUUCGACGCGUCUCCCGUCCGCGAAGAGAACGCGGAAGUGUAUCUCCGCUUAAUAUUCGAAUUCGACUGUUGCCUCAGCCAACUUGUCGCCCACCAGACCACCCCGAACUUACGCACCUUCAUCCUCGACGCCUCCGCGACCGGCCUGCUCCUUCCGUUGUCGUACACGCUGAUGGCGUUCUUACGGGACGAACGGCGUCUCUUCAAAGAGCUUGGUCUCGUCCGCGUCUGCACGAACUCGGACACGAAUAUGCCAUCGCCUCUGACGGACGACAUGCCCAUAGUGCCUGCGCGCAACCUGCAAGUGCGGCGGAUCACGGUCCGCUCGGAGGACGUGCAGCUCUCGCGCGCGUUCUUGCUGCAUCCGGUGUGCGUGCGUGCCCUGGACUUUAGGGAGAGCGUCGUGUCGAGCGAGCCGUGGUUGGCCGUGUUCGGAGGCGGCCUGCGCGACGCUGGGGCUUCGAGCGUAGUCAAUCAGCUGUGUCUGACGUGCGGCGGGAGCAAUCCGCUGUACGAAGAUCAUUCUGACUUUGUGAGCUAUGCGCUGACGACAGGAUGGAACAACCUCUCGAGCCUCUCGAUAUCGGCGUUCUUCAAGCUGGAGCACUUGACCGAGCUCGGCCAGUGCCCGCUGCGUCGUUUGCGGCUCACGGUGAACGUGGAUGACCAGUUCAUGCCCGAAUUCGGCCCGCAUCUGCUCUCGGGCAUCCUCAACAUCUUCCCGAACCUGGAAGAGAUCAUCAUGGACCAUAUGAGGGCGACGCUGUACGCUUACUCGCUGACUGAAGAGUGCCUGGUCGAGUGGAGCAAGACUAUUCGCGAGACUAGCUUGCGCGUACUUGCGUUGUCGACCUUGUUCGUGGUGGAACCGAGCGACUGUGGAUCAGACUAUGCUGAUGUCGGUACCGUAUGCUCGGACGUCGAGAUGAGCGACAGCAUGGAGUCAAGCCUCAAUAUGUCCGAUAACCAGUCCAGCAAACAAAUCGCCGUGGAGUCUCCAGAGUACUUCCUCGACGACCUAGCAACAUUCUCCGAGGAUUUCUUCGACAAACACCUACGCUCGGAGUCCCUGCAGGAACUGCGCUUCCUCUACGAGGAUCCCGAGACUGGCUACACAGAGUCUGUCGGCUUUCGUCCUCAGAUAGCCAAUCCGUCUGCAAUGGAAGGCCCUGAGAAGAGAGACUACAUCGCAAUUCCUGUUGAUGCGGCGUACGACAUGUUCUGGGAGCCGGGUGGAGGCGGAGGCCGGGUGACUAUCUGAGGUCCUUCCUCUAUACAGAUGAGGACAGGGGGGACGAAGAUGAGUAGCUGGAGGAAGGGAUUGCCGGUAGGCACACUUCUUCCUGUUCGGUCUUGUGUGUGCUGUUGUUGACGGAGUCGGACUGCUCUUGGGACUAGUGCCACACGUUGUAUUGCUAGCAUUGGUGCAUUGCAUUGCACCUGUACUCCGCCCCAUCGCAACAGCUGUCGGU